UUUAGGUUUUUGGAGACUGAUUCGAAAAGCUGUUCAUAAUGAAGUUAACCGCGAUGUUUGUGUUUGUUACGUGUAUAGUGGCGGUUACAAAUGGGCAAGUAACUUUUGCCACUAUUAUCAACGAUAACAUUAAAGCCAUAACAGCUUUUGUCAACACCAUUAAGACGAAUUCUGUCGCAAUCCAGCAAAUGUUAGGAUUACAGGUGCUUAUAAGUUUGCAGAACUUCCAACGAGAACUGGGCACAUUUUCUUCCCUUCUGUCGAACAACUCAGCGGAAUUGCAGAAAGCAUUGCAGACCUCAGCUACUCAAAACCAGGCUAGAAGUUUGCUCAUCAGGUUGUCCGAUAUUGUAGAGGAAUUUAACCAGGGCAUAACGGCUGCCAUCAAAAUGAAAUCGAUUCCCUUGCUGAAAGCGACCGUCAAUGCAUUCGUGGUGCAAGUAAGUCCAGUGAUAACAGCAAUUAUGAAUUGGCUCAAAACGAUCAACGGAACGGCUUCCUUCAACAUUUAUCGGAGCCUCUUGGACUUAUUGGUAGAUUUUAAUGCUCUUAAAAAAAUAGUGACUGGAUAAAAAAUGAAGAAGGAUAUUUGUGCGCUUGAGAGUGUACUGCUCAUAAAA